UUGACGGUUACUCUGUACUGAGUUCUCCAAACAGCGAUUUUGUAAUUCGUUGCAUUUAUCACGACGCUCGCUUCAAAAGAAAAACGGUUAGGAGUAUUAAUUGAAACGUAAACAUAGAUCGAGGAAGUAUUGAUUGAAAACAGUUUUUCUACUGAAUUAAGCUUGAAAAUCUCGUUCAACGCUCAUUUAUGUAGUAAAAUCGUACGAAGCCAGUGAUAAAAAUGGAGUCAAAAAUACCUAAGCCAAUGUUUGUCAAAAAGCCCACUGGAAUGGCCAGUUUGCCAGGAAAUGCUCGUUUGCCCUUGACGGAUUUGUUGAAUGUGCCUUUGGAGUUGGACUACAAUGGAAAACGGGUUGCCUCGCCAGAGCUUGUGCGUGUUGCUACAAUAAAUAAAACAAAGAUGCGUCGAAGUCGCUCGGCUAUCGAUCUUAGCAGGCCUAACUUCCACAGGCCGAAAUUUGUUCCAAACUUGGAAUCAAUCCCAUCUACCAAAUUGCAUAUUAACUCGGCUACUGUGUCGCAAAUGGUUAAAAACAAUCUGGUGAAACAGGUUCAGAAACCCUCGCAGCUACGGAGAAGCCUUUCCACCGGAGAUUUGACAACAAAACCGCUGCCCACUUGCAACAUCAACAGUUCCGUGCAACAAACUCAUAUAAAACGACAGUUGUCAACCAUCAGCAGUACACUCCCCGCAAAGGCUACUAAGGUUACUGCUACUAGUACUGCGACAGGGAAGGUGUAUGGUGCCAAACCAACCACAUCAAAUACAGCCACAGUAAAAAAACUGCCAAUGACGAACAAGCCGAAAGUCGGUCUGGCCAAAUCGUCAGCGAUAAAUUCUAGUGUGUCUAGUGAAAAAUCUACCGUGUCGAAUGGGGGAGCCGGGAAAAAGAACAUAAGACAGAGGAUUCCUCCGUACGAUUACAAAGCCCGUUUUAAUGAUUUGCUUGAAAAACACCAAUUGCUGAAAACAAAGCUGGAUAAGCUGACUGAAGCAAACAGUGAGUUAGAAUCUUUGCCGCAGAAAUAUGACGAUUGUCUUAACGAGUUGAAUAAACUCAAAAAAGAACACGAGCGAUUACAGGAAAAACAUCGCUCGGCUUUAUGCGAAAAUGAAAACCUUAAAUUGAAAAAUGCGUCACUCUCGUCCAAUCUCAGCGAAACGGAAGCUGAGUUAAGCUCCCUAAAAAAACAGUACACUAUGGCCGAUGAUGAACGAACGAAGCUACGCGAGAUGGUCAAAUCUCUGCAAGAAAAGUCAUCUCUUCUGGAGGAGAGAAAUGAGUUUCUCCAGCAUGACAAUAACAAAAAAUCAGAACUGCUUUUCAAAGCUAACAUUGAGCGAAAAGAUUUGCACAAUGCUGUUAUGGAUUUAAGAGGCAAUAUACGAGUGUUCUGUCGAGUACGGCCGCCGCUGGCAUCCGAGCUGGAUCGGCUUGAAUGUGUUUGGAAAUAUCUAGAUGAGCAAUCGUUGGAGAUUUCCGCCUCAGAUGGAUGCAGUAAGCGCAUGGAGUUCAGCUUCGAUCACGUGUUUCAUUCGAGAACGGCACAACAGGAUAUUUUCGAAAAUGUUGCACCGCUGAUCCAAUCUGCGCUGGACGGGUACAAUGUCUGCAUAUUUGCCUACGGACAAACCGGCAGUGGUAAAACAUAUACCAUGGAUGGUGUACCCGACGAACUCGGUGUUAUUCCGCGAACGGUGGAUCUGAUUUUCAACUCCGUUGAAGAUUACAAACGUCUUGGCUGGAAGUAUGAGAUAAGAGUCAACUUCCUUGAAAUUUACAACGAAAUUCUGUAUGAUCUGCUUGAUUCAUCUGGUACUACGAAAGACUUAGAAAUUCGAAUGGCGAACGCGAAAAACAAAACCGAGGUAUACGUGUCUAAUGUAAUCGAAGAAACGGUGCAAUCGAAAAAUCAGUUACGCCAACUGAUGGCAACCGCAAAAUCAAACCGAGCGACGGCGGCCACUGUUGGAAACGAGCGCUCAUCGCGAUCACAUGCGGUUACAAAGUUGCAGCUAAUCGGAACGCACGAAGAGAAGGGCGAACUGAGCGUUGGAUCGAUCAAUCUAGUCGAUUUGGCUGGAUCCGAGAGUCCGAAGACUAGCACCAGGAUGGACGAAACCAAGAACAUCAAUCGAUCCCUUAGUGAACUGAGCAACGUUAUUUUGGCGCUGGUUCAGAAAAACGAACACAUUCCAUAUAGGAACUCGAAACUAACGCACCUACUUAUGCCGAGUCUUGGCGGCAACUCGAAAACGCUCAUGUUUGUAAAUGUUUCGCCAUUCCAAGACUGCUUCAACGAAACAAUUAAAUCGCUACGAUUUGCGUCACAGGUGAAUGCGUGCAAAUUGCAGAAAGUUCGCAAGAACAAAAUUCUCAACAAUUCCAGCAUGUUUUAGAAAACGUAUCUUUGUUUUCAUUUCGAGCCAGUCAGUUGUUCAGUUUUAUAAAAACAUUGGUUCAAGUUGUAAGUUAAAUCUAUGUAUCUUUUAUUGCAUUUAAACUCUAUUUAUGCGACUUUCUUUUAACCAAGACCAAACCCUCAAGACUUUCAUUUGAAUUGUUCAAUAAAUAUGUACUCGUAAUGCUAACAAUAUA